CCUCCGCCUCCUCCGCCCUUCCCUCCUGGCAUGUCGCACUCAGUCUCCACUUAAAUCUGACUGAUUUUCUUUCGCCUGGCACAUCCCACGCUUCCCAAUCCGCGACCUUGCCUUGCGCAGGGUUUUGUCCUCGCCUGCUGUCAGUUCCGUCCUUAGAAUCCUCGUCAGUGGCCAGGCCCUGGUGGCUCCCUGCUCUCACCAUGGAAAACGAUCAUAUGCUUCAGUCGAAGACAUCUUCCCGAACUCGCAUCCCAACAGCCGGUUUGAAAGAGAUGAAUCCGGCUUCCACAAAUGCCCUCUCGAGGCUUGUGCAGCCCGGUACUAUUGCCGAUGCCGUGACCAGUAAGACUUCGGGCCUGUCGCAGACAGGUCGUCCACGAAGCACAACCCAGUCGGGCACAACGUCGAGAUCCCGUAUUGCCAGCAGCACAGUCAAAACACAUGGUCGGGCGAACACAUACAGCGCUAAUACCUUAGGCCGAUCUGCUUCUACCGUUUCACGCACAAAGUCGACCGUCUCGUCCACAACCGCGCCCAUGGCGCGACCGCACACGAGCAUGUCGCGUUCACACACCGUCAGCAACACCCGGAGGCCAAUGGCCAAUGCGAUUCCCCGCGCAGCCACGGCAAUGGGCUCUCGUGAAAAAGAGGAAGUGGAGGGUACCAUACUUGGAAAACGUGGCGAGUGGGACCUGGACGUCCGAGAAAAACGAAUGUAUGACCUUGUACGAAGCAUGGAAGAACGUGUCAGUCAACAGGGACAAUCGAACACAACAUUGAAAGAUGCGGUCGAUCUUUACAAGUCUAGAGUGACGGAAUUAGAGACAUCAUCAAAAGAGCUUACAGAAAUGAAUGUCACACUGCGAAUCCAAAUAGGCUCAUUGGAGAAUCAACUGUCUGGAUCCGAGAAGGCCCUCAAGGACGCGCAAAGAGACCACGAUAUAAUGAUCGAAGACUUCAACGCCCGACGACGCAUGGAGUUGGAGACAGUACGGCUGGAAGGCAGAAGAGAAAUGGAAACAAUGCACUCGCGACAUCAACAGGAAAUUCAGGAACUCAGAAAACGCUUCGAGAAUGAGCUGGAGGGCGAAAGAGCUGCCCGCGUGCGCGAGUUAAGUCAGGUCACUUCGCAAUCUGCACUUGACACGCAGCGAUCGCAUGCCGAGCUUGACAAGAAGGAACGAGAAAUCGUCACCUUGCAACAUGAUAUCCACGCCCUGAAGGCCGAUCUCGAGCGUGAGCGCAAGGCCAAUAGGGAUCUCAGGCACAACCUGGAUGCAGCCAGCACAAACACCGUCACAAUGGAGUCCUCCGUACGUGCUUUGAAAGCCCGCAUCGAAUUUCUUGAGUCCGGUCGCGAGGAGCAAUCUCAGGCUUUUGAGCGGCUGAACCAGCAAAUGAUGGACGCACUGGCUGAAACAAAUGCCACCAAGGAGAAGCUCCGCAAAGAGGAGACUCUGAGAAGAAAGCUUCACAACCAGGUGCAAGAGCUCAAAGGCAAUAUUCGAGUCUUCUGUCGAGUCCGUCCAUCGCUGCCUUCGGAUCCAGUCACACAGGUCGCACAGAUCCAGUUUCCAGAUGAGGCAGAAGAUUGCAAAGAGAUCGCUGUGCUGGGUCCGGAAGAAAAAAGCAGUCUCGGAGCAAUCUCGAGAAAGAACAGCAACUUCUCCUUUGAUCGUGUAUUCGGACCGAGCACGCAAAAUGCCGAGGUCUUCGAUGAGAUCAGCCAACUGGUGCAGAGUGCUCUGGACGGAUACAAUGUGUGUAUCUUCUGCUACGGCCAAACCGGCAGUGGUAAGACCUAUACUAUGUCAUCUCUCGACGGCAUGAUUCCCCGGGCAGUGCACCAGAUCUAUGAGACAGCCACUGGCUUGGAGGAGAAGGGCUGGCGGUACACAAUGGAGGGCAACUUUGUUGAGGUGUACAACGAGAAUUUGAACGACUUGCUGGGCAACCCCGACGACCUGGACAAGAAGAAGCUCGAGAUCCGACAUGACAUGCAGAGAGGAAAGACGAUCAUCACCGAUGUUACUACUGUUCGCCUCGACUCACCCGAGAUGGUUGAAACCAUCCUCAAGAGAGCAGCCUCCAACCGUUCCGUCGCAGCGACCAAAGCCAACGAAAGAUCCUCUCGGUCGCACUCCGUCUUCAUUCUCAAACUCAUCGGCGAGAACGACAUCACAGGUGAACGCAGCGAGGGAACCCUCAACCUGGUUGACUUGGCGGGUAGUGAGCGUCUCAGCCACAGUGGGGCAACCGGCGAGCGCCUGCGUGAGACACAGAACAUCAAUCGCAGUCUGAGCUGCUUGGGCGAUGUGAUCGCCGCUCUGGGACAAGGAAAGGAAGGCGGACAUAUUCCCUACCGCAACAGCAAGUUGACCUACCUCCUCCAGUUCUCCCUUGGCGGCAACUCGAAGACCCUGAUGUUUGUCAUGGUCAGCCCGCUGCAAGCCCAUCUCGCGGAGACCUUGACCAGUCUCAAAUUUGCCACCAAAGUACAUAACACGCAUAUUGGGACGGCCAAGCGGCAGGCGCGAGUCCGCGAAUGCUGAAUGCGGUGGAGGCUUUUUGCGAAUUGUCGAAUGAUACCUUUUGAGUUCCUUCUUUUGUAUGUUGGCGAUAACUGUGGGAUGUUGGCCUUAAUGAUCCAGGCCUUGGCAGCGGCGUCUUGGAGUCUUAUGCUCCGUCAAGUGACAGUUUAAUGAGCAACAUCAGUUCUCU